AUGUUAAAUCGAAGACGUCGACACCAGACUCCAACUUUCCUGGAAGGCACACCAGGCCGGUACCUAAGGAGAGAUGCACCCCCUUCUCUGCCCACUUGCGAUGGUGUAAUUCAAGGUAUCCAAGCUGGUUUGCAACAAUUGGCCCAUUCGUCCCAAAGCUUGCAAUAUGCCGGAAGCGAUGUCAGUAGUUGCCGAGUAGAGCGAAAUUCCGUUCGUACAAAACCAGAAUUAUCAUCACAAAGUUUCAGCGAAAGUCGAACAUCCAGUCAGUACCUGUCGAAAAAGGGUCUUACGUCGUCACUUAGCAUCGGUAACGUAGUACAGCACGGUACACAAGCAGAAAACGCAGAAAAUAGCGAACAGCGUUUGGUGUCCAUUUCAUUGCAAAGUUUGCCAGGUCGUUCGAUAAGUACACCGUUUACUGGUGAGAAUCGUGGCAAUGGAGUAAUGAAGGAGGACCUCACACUGCCACCGAAUUGGGCUGUUGAAUUAACACCAGAAGGAAUUCGUUACUACGUGGAUCACAGCAAUCGACGAACACAUUGGAUUCAUCCUCUUGUUAAAGAAAAUUUACCUUUAGGCUGGACAAAGCAAUUUGAUUCGAUGAAUGGAGUAACAUAUCACAAUAAGUUGGAUGGUCGAACGCAAUUGGAACAUCCUGGCUUAGCAACACCUGUAAGUUAUGCACAAAGUAAUCCUGCAGCACAGUUAACACAGCGUGCCGAAAGUACGAUUGAAAAGUUGAAUAUUAUUGGUGAAGAUAUCCCAGAUUGGCUUCGUUUAUACUCUCGUGCUCCAUAUGAAUUAGAUCAUUUGCUGGAGUGGCCAUUAUUCCGUCUGCCACAACUGGAGCAGUACGAUAGUCAGUUGAUGAAGUUAUACAAGCAAGAAGGUAUUGAUAUUGCAAUCAAAUAUGAACGUUUUCGGCGUGAAAUCAACCGUGAAAUUGCACGGCGGCAACAAAAAUUUAUGCCAUCUGUUAAUGUACUUCAGUAA